AUGGUGAAGCAGCUGUUUCCAGAGGCACGUUGCCAAAACUGGCCACCAACUGCUGUGCAGCCUAUGUGGAAAACAGUGUGGGAGACAAACAGUUCUUGUCUGCGAGAAGGUGUUUUCAGGACUACAUGUGAUGAGCGACUAAUUGACGCAUUGCCCCCUGAGAGUCACAAUGCAAGAGUUGCUUUUCUUACCCCUAAAAAUGUUACACCUGAGAAGAUGUCAUGUGUGGUCCAUCUUGCAGGCACUGGUGAUCACACAUUUGAGCGCAGGCUUCGGCUCGGUGGGCCUCUUCUUAAGAACAAUAUUGCAACUAUGGUUCUUGAGAGGAAAGCCACAAUUGAUGAAGCUCGCAGUCUCCUUUACUGGCUGCAGACUGAGGCUGGUUACAGCAAGAUGGGCGUAUGUGGGCUCAGCAUGGGUGGAGUACAUGCUGCAAUGGUGGGAUCCCUGCAUCCUACACCAAUUGCCACACUGCCAUUUCUCGCUCCACACUCUGCUGUGGUACCUUUCUGUGAAGGGGUCUACAAAUACGCCACAGCUUGGGAUGUUUUGAGAGAAGAUGCUGCAGCAUUAACUCAAGAUGUAACAUCUUUGGCAGAAGAUGCUGCACAGAAAACUGGGAUUACUAUCGAACAAGUCAGAGAUAGGUUGCGGUCAGUGUUGUCUUUGACUGAUGUCACUCGAUUCCCAGUCCCAAAGAACCCACAGGCGGUCAUCUUUGUUGGUGCAACGGAUGACGGUUAUAUUCCCAGACAUUCAGUCAUGGAGCUCCAGAAGGCAUGGCCAGGUUCAGAAGUCCGGUGGGUAACAGGCGGCCAUGUUUCCUCUUUUUUCCUCCACAAUGACGCAUUUCGCAAGGCCAUCAUCGACGCCCUUGAUAGAUUGUAA